AUGGUUACUUCGUGGCUAUGGAAUUCGAUUUCAAAUGAGAUAGUCGAAGGAUUUGUGUAUGUGACCUCUUCACGAGAAUUAUGGCUUGAAAUUGAAGCGAGAUACGAACGUAGUAGUGGACCUAUGAUUUAUCAGAUACAGAGAGAAAUCUCCACAAUCUCACAGGGGGAUAUGACAUUAACUUGCUACCUAACGAGGGUGAAAAAGAUGUGGAACGAGCUAUCUUGUCUAGCUCCCUCACCUAAAUGUACUUGUGGAGGCUGUACGUGUGGGAUCAACAAGGCUAUUGGUGAGAGGCACACAACAACACAACUGAUGCAGUUCCUCAUGGGUCUCCAUGAGAACUUUGACAAAGAGAAGAGUCAGCUUUUAAUGAUAGAUCCUUUGCCGGAUAUCGAGAGGGCAUUUUCUAUGCUUUUUGCUGUAGAACAGCAACGUAGCGUGCAGGUUCAACUUGCUGAUUGCACGAAUAAUGCAGCGUAUCAGUUUUAUUUGAAAGAAAAUAAGAAAGAUUCUUUAAACAAACAGUCACAGAAGCGAAGACCUUUUUUAGAUAAGCGCAGUAUGAUGUGUACCCAUUGUCACAAAUCUGGGCACUUGAGGGAUACGUGUUUUCAACUCCACGGUACGCCAGAACGGUACAAGGCGUUGAAUGACAAGAAAAAGCAAUAUGGGACAAAUUACAACCUUGUUGCAAACAUAGAAACAAAGAGAGCAGGCACUGGAGAGGUUUCAACAUCAAAUUCUGAACCUAAAGCUGAAGUUGCUGAUUUGGUAGCAGAAUUAUUGAAGCUUAUGAGGAGUAAGGAACCACCUUCAGAUCCUAUUUCGAACUACGCGAACUAUGUUAACUAUGAAGAACAGUUCGCAGGUAAUGCUUCUUGUUCUUCUGCUUUGAAUUUGGGUGAAUGGAUAAUUGACACAGGAGCUACGAAUCAUGUGUGUGCUCAUUUAUCUUACUUUGUUUCCUAUUCUGUUCCAUCACAUACACAAGUCAUUCAUCUACCUGAUGGCACAAUCAAGACUGUUACUUACAUUGGUACAGUGAAAAUUACUGAUACGCUUGUUCUUAGUUCGGUUCUUUACAUACCAGAUUUUUCGGUUAAUCUCAUAUGUGUUAGCCAGCUUUGCAAAAAUAGUUCCUACUCCUUUUCUUUCACCUACUCAAGCUGCAUCUUGCAGGACCAGGUCUCUAAGGAGGUCGUGGCAAAGGGGAUACUAACCAGAAAUCUUUACAUUGUGCAAUCCCCUAUUUGUAAAGCUCUUGCUCAUUCCACUGUACCCACUCCCAUUUCCUUUUCUGCUAUUACAGACUGUAACAGCUCAUUGUGGCAUAAAAGAAUGGGGCACGCCCCAAUGAUAGCUAUCAAACAUAUUCCUGAUUGUAAAUUUGUUGAUGACUCUUUUGAGACAAAAUGCAACAUAUGUCCUAAAGCUAAACAAUCUAGAGUUUCUUUUGAGCCUAGUAAUUCGCACACGGUUUCACCUUUUUCUUUGAUCCAUCUAGACCUCUGGGGGCCAUACAAAACUCCUAGUAUUUCAGUUACUAUUGGAGCUUCCAAUGAUCCCACUAACUCUCUUGAGCACUCAUCCAUUAACUCUCAUCCACCUCCUGCUGUCACUUUUCCAAAUUCUCCUGCAGAUAUCACCCCUACAGUUCCUCAUUUUUCUCCUACAGAUGUUCCCCCUGCCACAUCUCAGCUCCCUCGUAGGUCUGCUAGAGUUAGCCAUAAGCCUACGUGGCUCGAUGAUUUCAUUUGUCAACAUGAUUCAUCCAUCUUGCAUUCCAAUUCCAAUGCAUACACAUCGUUCGUAGCUUCUUUGUCAGUUUUGCAGGAACCCCGUUCAUUUGUAGAAGCUAUGCAAUAUCCAGAAUGGAGGGCAGCUAUGGAUGAUGAAAUCAAAGCAUUGGAAAGUAACCAAACGUGGACUUUGACGCCUCUUCCUCCUGGGAAGCGAGCUAUUGGCAGCAAGUGGGUUUUUAAGGUGAAACUGAGGGCUGAUGGCAGCAUAGAACGAUACAAAGCUCGCUUGGUCGCGAAGGGAUUCAAUCAGAUUGAAGGGGUUGAUUACACGGAGAGUUUUUCUCCAGUGGCGAAGGCGGUAAUAGUCCGAUUGUUCCUCAGUCUUGCUGCCGCUAAUGGUUGGGCACUCCAUCAACUGGAUGUGAACAAUGCGUUUCUUCAUGGUUUUCUAGACGAAGAGAUUUACAUGGUUCCUCCAGCGGGCUCAGUGCAAAUUAAGACGUUUUUUGUACGGCCUGAAGCAGGCUUCGCGCUAGUGGAACGUCGAAUUGACACUUAA